AUGGGUUUAUGCAUUUUCUCUCUGGCAAAAAUUGAAUCCUAUCUCAAGAAUGAUAUAUCGAAUGAUGAUGCUGUGAAUUCAUUGAAAUUUGCAUUGUAUGAAAAAUAUAAACAAUAUUUUGUGUCUGAUGGAGAACAACGAAUGUUAUUGUUUUUCAUUGCUUAUUUCGAUCCUCUUGGCUAUGCAGUGCUCGCAGAUGAUGACAAGAAGUUAAUAGAAAAAGAAAUCAUUUCUUCGAGCAACAACAACAACAUCACUGUGGUCACACCUAUGCCCAAAAAAAUGAAUGAAACAUCUGUGAAGAAGGGCGACAAUUUACUAUUCGAUUUUCUUGGAUCUCUAGGCCAAACUAAGCCAAAUGCAUCAUCGAAGAUAUUAACUGUACGUGAAGAACUUAUGUUGUAUAGUUUAUUGGCAAUUGAAACCUAUAAUAUGAUGACUAGUAAAGGCAAAAUUCCUCAUACUCUCGAUUUUUGGCGAACACAUGGCGAUAGUCUACCUAUUCUUCAAGCACUAGCCUAUAAAUAUCUUUCUACGUCUCCUACCUCAGUACCACCCGAGUCUGCAUUUUCAACUGCUUCAUAUCUAGCAAGAAAACAGAGAAGUCGACUAAAUGUUCAAACACUUUGCUGGUCCAUAUAUCUCAAGGACAAAAUUGUGUACAACGAUGAAUGA